AUGAGCUCCGUCCAGGCGUUCAGAGACUUUAUCAGCCAGAGGUUAACGGCGGCGGCGGCGGAGAUCUUCACCGUGUUCCAGCAGACCGUCGUUCAGUACGAAGAGGAGCUCGAGCGGCAGCGGAGGCUGCUGGAGAACAGCUGGAGAACAGCUGGAACCAAGUCCCGAAGGACAGGUGAGAGACGGCUGGGCGACCCGAGGGGGUCAGGGGAGGAGGAGGAGGAGGAUGAAGCUCAGCCGCCGCAGAUCAAAGAGGAGCUGCAGGAGUUCCAGUGUCAGCAGGAGGCCGAGCGCGGUGGCAGCGGCGGCGGCGGCGGCCCCGAGGGGCCGGAGCUCGUCCUGAAGCUGGAAGCUGAUGCCGAGAAGCAGAGCAAGGCUGACCCUGAGCCGCCGCCGCCGCCCGGCCACGCCGACGGCUCGCAGAAGAGCAUCCGCUGCGACAUCUGCGGGAAGGCCUUCCGCUUCUCCUCCCAGGUGCAGCUGCACCGCCGCAUCCACACCGGCGAGAAGCCGCACUCCUGCCAGGUCUGCGGCAAGCGCUUCGUCCAGAAGCAGCACCUGAAGAACCACACCAAGAUCCACACGGGCGAGAAGCCGUACGGCUGCCAGACCUGCGGCAAGAGCUUCAGCGACCAGGGCAACUUCCUGGUGCACCUGAGGACGCACACGGGCGAGAGGCCCUACUCCUGCCAGACCUGCGACAAGACCUUCACCAAGUCGUCCACGCUCAAGUGCCACGCCAUCAUCCACACGGGCGAGAAGCCGUUCUGCUGCCCCGUCUGCGGGAAGCGCUUCAUCCAGAAGCAGCACCUGAAAAAGCACUCCAUCAUCCACACUGGCGAGCGGCCGCACGCCUGCCGGGUGUGUGGGCGGAGCUUCACGCAGCAGGGGACUCUGGUUCGCCACAUGAAGUCUCACGCCGUCUGAAGCGGAGUUGUGUUGGGGUGAACAGAUCCUUCAUGCUUCUGGGUAACGAGGCUCACAUUCCAGACUGGAUCCAUGUUUUCAGCGAGCGAACUGUGAAACAGCAGAAGAAAAAAACCUUUUAACCUCAGAAAGCAAACCGAGACCUGGUUUACCAGACGUUUCAGGAGAAAACGUCGUUUUAGGGUUGCUGCCUUCACUCUGCUGUCUGUUUCCAUGGAAACAGCAGAAAUAUUGUAGUUUUCCUGUUGGGGAGAGAACAGUCGCUGUAAACAAAGAACACUAUGGACGGGGAGGAAAACCUGUCUGUCCAUGACCGAACAGCGGUUUGCUACAGCCGUGGAUCGGGACCGGGGUCAGGACCAAGGUCAGGGUCAGGACCAGGACCAGGACCAGCAUCAGGACCAGGGUCAGCCUCUCUGCCAUCUACGUGGAAACGGGCUGAGCAUUUCCAAAUAGUUGGAUUUACAGCGUUACCGUGGAGACGGAACGUUAUCGCGAAGUUCCACCUCGAGCAGAAUUCAUGAUGUGAAACCUGAUCUGUCAGAAAACCGAAAGACCUUUUUGGUUUGAAAUGUCAGAUUUUUUUAAUUUAAUUGAACAAAUGAACAUUAAUGACAAUAUCACAAAACGAUAUCAAACAUUUACGUUGCAGAUAUUGAAUGUCAGAACAGACAUUGGAGCAUUACAGUCGACUGUUUCAGUCAUUUAAGAUGUAAAACUGGUCAAUCUAUGUUGUGGGGCUCAUUCAGCAGGAGAACAGUUCUGAAAGAACCAAAUUCAUCACCACACUCUUUCACCGUUUCAGUUCAUUAGUUGCUUAGCAUUAGCAUUAGCAUCGGCGGUGGUUCUGCCCUCUGCUCCUCCUGCUCAGUGUUCGGGUUGUUUUCUUCCUCCAGCAGUGAUGACG